AUGUUGUCGGCGCGUCCUCUGCUGUACGUCGCCCUCGGGCUUCUCAUGGUGGUCUCCAUCAUUGAGCUCUCCUUCAUCUCAGGCAUGGUUGGUUGGCUCCACGGCAACGCCAGCGGAACUUUCACUUUCGAAUACAAAGGCACGAAAUACAAUCUCAAGGGCGAACCAGCAAACCUCAUUACCGACCAAGGCCAUACCAGCAACGGAGCAGCUGGAACAGCAUUCGUCCUUAUUGGCUGUGGAGGAAUCAUCGCUUUGAUCCUCCGCAACAGACAUGACGCUGGAAAAUUCAGCCGCAUGUUCUAUAACCUCUGGCUCGUCACCAAUGUUCUCAGCCUCUUGCUCGUUCUCUCCGCCCUCAUCUACACAUUCGUUGUGACAAACAGCCACGACGGCCAGAGCAUAGAUCCCGCUGCUGCGUCGCGCCUCAAGAGUGGCGAAAAGUACCCUCUUGAGUCUUGGUCACCGCAGAAUUGGUACUCGGCAUUCCUAGACUUGGACCUCCCCAAUUCCGAUGAGAGAAGUGAUAUCGAACAUCAUCUACGCCUCAUGAAGGGGUGGCAAUACAACCUUAUUCCCUUCUUCCUCAUCCACCUUGUCGAGACUGGCCUUGCACUUUGGGAUGCUAUGCAGCGACGAAAGCAAAACUCCCCUGCCUAUGCACCAGCUAAGCAUACCGUCGAUGCGUAA